AUGCCAGACUUGAGGGGAGACCCGGCUCCUUCGAGUCUCUGGUCCAACUAUGCCGGCCCAAUACACAUGUCUCCCCGCAUGAGCAGCAGCGGCAUCGGCCCCAUGGAACCUGGGCGGAGCCACGGUCCCGCAUCGUCAUCAUCGUCAUCGUCACUCCAUGCCGCAGCCGUCGCCGCCGCCGCUCGUCCUCGAAGCGAGCAGGACUUUAUGAGCCAGCAGCAGCAGCAGCACCACCAUCAUCAUCAACCUCCUCCUCCUCCUCCACCCCAGCAGCCCUAUCCAUACGCCAGAUACCCCCUCCCGGAGCCCGAACCAUCGCAGAGUAUCGGUGGCGGCGGCGGCGGCGGCGGCGGCUACCCGACGAGCGGCCACCUGAAGAGGAGCUUCUCACACACCCAGUCGCCUCCCGCCCACCAGGAUAUGACCGGUGGCGGCGGUGCUUCUCUCCGCGGGGCCGCCGACGACCACGGCCAGGGGACGACGGCCACGGGCGCGGGAGGAGGACACGACCAGAAACUGCUGGCCUUCCGCCGUGUAGAGGACAAGGCGACCAUUGCCGACCAGCACGGGCACCCCCAGCAGCUCGAGGUGUCGGCCCAGCUGCACGGCAUGUUCUUCCUGUCCGAGAUGCCGUCGAGCGCCAGCGACGGCACCGCCCUCCAGCCCGAGCUGACGUGCUACCGACGCAACCUCUUCCAGAUCGGCGGCUCGCUCAUGGCCCCGCGGGGCCCCCUGUCCGCCAUCACCGAGUCCGGGCAGACCGUCCCCGUCGGCAGCAUGGAGGUGACCAUCUCGGCCAUCGAGUCCGUCGACGGGAACCCCGUGCGCCUCGUCGUCAUCCCCUGGAAGACGCCCCCGCCCAACUCGCCAGAGGUCAGCCAGGCCCCCGAUCAGGAACCGCCUUCCCUGCCGCUCGUCCCCAUGCAGGAGGGGGGCGGGCACGAGGCGGACGGGGUGUGCGCUUACUACGCCAUAGGAUGGCGACGGCUCCAGUUCAGAAUCGCGACGGCCAACAACGGUCGACGGAAGGAGCUGCAGCAGCACUUCGUCCUGCACCUCAAGGUUCACGGCCUGCUGGCUGACAAUUCCAAGGUCCUCCUCACAGAGUACAUCACCGCACCGAUCGUCGUGAGGGGUCGCAGCCCGAGGAAUUUCCAGUCCCGCAAGGAGAUUCCCCUUCUCGGAUCGAGCGCCGGGUCUAGGGGCCAGUCGCUCGUCGAGACGGGCAUGGGCGUCAUCGCGGCCGGACAUGGCCAUAUGGCUAUGAGGCCGACCGAGGUGGUGAAGCCGCCCGGUCUUCCUGCUCCUUCGGGACCUGCUAGGGAUGGGGGGAUCGAUAUGCGCGUACCGAGAUCUUCCUUUACAUUUGAGCCACCAAAGGGAGCCCAGCGACCAGGAUCUCUCAGCUCCAGCUCAUACUCUUGGAGUCCGACAAGCCACGGCCCACUACCCCAAGUGUCGACGUCGGAACCGUACCCCACCACAUCCCUGGCGCCCGCGGACAUGUACCCCAAGGUGGCCGGGGCCGGCUACACGACCGAAUCGCACGACAUGCCCCUCCAGGCACCCUCGCUAGCCACCCCCCUCCCCCUGAUAUCGGAGGAGCACCAGCAUCAGCAGCCGGCUCCGCCGCCGUCCAUGCGCCACCCGUCGUUCUCGUACGUGCCGUCGGUCAGCACGCCGAGGCAGAUGCCGGCGGGCACGGCCGCCUCGUCGGCAGACGGCGCCGUCGACGCCCGGUACGUGACGGGAGGAGACGACAGGCCGCUCAAGCGGAACACCGGACCGGGCGGGAUAGCGGGCGACGCGACCGGGUACCGCUACGGCCCCUACGCGUCGUUGAACGCCGCGGCCCUGCCGCAGCCGUACGGCCAGGACCCGAUCCAGAGGGACGUAUACGCCACCGCGGCCGGCACCAGGACGACCAUGAGCGGCGCACACAGCCCCGCGGCGGCGGCGGCGGCGGCGGCGGCGGCGACGACGGCGACGGGCAUGGCCGUCUACGGGACGGACGGUAGGGCGUCGUACGCCGCCACGCCGUACGACGACUACAGGACCCGGAGGCCGGACGAGGUGCGCUCGAGGAUGGAGGAGCAGGGGCAGGGCCACAGUCCUGCGAAUGCCGGGUACGAUGGGCAGCACCGGGGAUCUUUUGACGCCAUGAGCCAUUAUUCCUGGAACAACCCGUAG